AUGAGCGAACUUGACCAACUAAGACAGGAGGCCGAGCAGCUCAAGACCCAAAUUCGGGAAGCCCGAAAAGCGGCCAAUGAUACGACACUCGCCAGCGUUGCCACGAAUCUGGAUCCCAUCGGUCGUAUUCAGAUGAGGACAAGACGCACACUUAGGGGACAUUUAGCCAAGAUUUAUGCUAUGCACUGGGCGUCAGACAGUCGGAAUUUAGUGUCUGCGUCACAGGACGGAAAACUGAUUGUUUGGGACUCGUACACGACGAACAAAGUUCACGCGAUCCCAUUGAGAUCAUCGUGGGUGAUGACAUGUGCCUACGCACCGUCUGGUUCAUUUGUGGCAUGUGGAGGUCUUGACAAUAUUUGCUCAAUUUAUUCAUUGAAAACGCGCGAAGGAAAUGUGCGGGUUUCGCGCGAGCUUCCCGGUCACACCGGCUACCUAUCAUGCUGCCGGUUCCUCGACGACAACCAGAUUGUGACCUCGUCUGGAGAUAUGACCUGCGCUUUGUGGGACAUUGAAACCGGCCAACAAUGCACUGCUUUCACUGGCCACACUGGAGAUGUAAUGUCGCUUUCCCUGUCGCCAGAUUUCCGCACGUUCAUCUCCGGUGCUUGCGAUGCCUCGGCUAAGCUUUGGGAUAUUCGUGAUGGUAUGUGCAAACAGACAUUCCCUGGACACGAAUCCGAUAUCAACGCAGUCGCUUUCUUCCCAUCUGGAAACGCAUUCGCCACCGGAUCCGAUGACGCCACUUGCCGUUUGUUCGACAUUCGAGCAGAUCAAGAGUUGGCAAUGUAUUCACACGACAACAUUAUCUGCGGAAUCACGAGUGUCGCAUUCUCGAAAUCGGGUCGUCUGUUGUUCGCCGGUUACGACGAUUUCAACUGCAAUGUUUGGGAUUCCAUGCGACAAGAAAGAGCCGGAGUGCUCGCCGGCCACGACAACCGCGUCUCGUGCCUGGGCGUAACCGAGGAUGGAAUGGCGGUGUGUACGGGAUCAUGGGAUUCGUUCCUGAAGAUUUGGAAUUAG